AUGUCUUUUUAUCUAAUGCGAAAGAGGUGUAACCCAUUUAUAAUUUACAUUACAACUUUGUCAUUGUGGGUUACGGUAACUGCUUUUCGAUACUGCGCCUGGAAUCCCAACUCAUUGACUUCGAUUGACAGGUCGCUUUUGCGUGACCAGCGUGUACCGAGCGUCGUUUUCCUUCCAUCACUCGUUGGUAGUAACCGUCGAAUAUCUAACCUUCGCAUGAUAUGGUGUUAUCCGAUCGUCAAUGAUGGCCCUGGUCGCCGGAAUCGCCACAAAGUAAAUCAGGCUUUCGAAAGGGGUCCCACUAAGGUGAAUCUCUCAUUGACCUACGAAUAUGCCAAUCGUCUUGCGCAGAAUCAAAUGUUCGCGCCUUUUUCAGGUUUGCUACCAUUUUACCCCGAGGAAGGUUUAGGUCGCACCCAGGACGUUUACACGCCAGUAGAGAGCGCGUGUGGACGUGUUGAUAUUGACAUUGAUGAGUUUGAAAAGAUAAAGGAUGUUUACAGAACGUUUAAUGAUCAAGGCUGUGGCGUGUUGGAACUCGUUGGCGCUAAGGGCGGUCAUUUUGCAUUUAAGUACUGCGGACCAUUGAAAGAAAAAUACGGCAUAAAAGCGUAUCUUUCAUACCUUUUAAAUGUUGUGUACCCGGGAGCGAAAGUAACUAUCCUCACAGAGCACGCAGUUGAUGAAGUGGAUCGUAUAGGCGUCGAUCCUUGGCUGUAUGCCAAACAGCGGCGCCUCAUCUGCACAGGUAGCGAUUACACGGAGUCGUUCAACGAUGGUAAGCCCCACGAAAUGAGCUAUCCGAAGAAGUUUGACAUGCUUGUUUGA